CACACAGCCAAACCAUCCUCCUCUCCGCCGCCCGCCGCAGCAGCACCCACCGGGCAAGAUGAAGACGAUCCUGGCGUCGGAGACGAUGGACAUCCCGGAGGGCGUCAUGGUCACGGUGGCCGCCAAGCUGGUCACGGUGGAGGGCCCCCGCGGCAAGCUCACCCGCAACUUCAAGCACCUCAACCUCGACUUCCAGCUGCAGGAGGCCGGCCGCAAGCUCAAGGUGGACGCCUGGUUCGGCACCCGCCGCACCAUGGCCGCCAUCCGCACCGCCAUCUCCCACGUCCAGAACCUCAUCAAGGGGGUCACCAAGGGCUACCGCUACAAGAUGAGGUUCGUCUACGCCCACUUCCCCAUCAACGCCUCCAUCACCAACAGCAACACAGCCAUCGAGAUUAGGAACUUCCUCGGCGAGAAGAAGGUCAGGAAGGUGGACAUGCUUGAUGGCGUGACCAUCCUCCGGUCCGAGAAGGUCAAGGAUGAGCUCAUCCUUGACGGAAACGACGUCGAGCUCGUAUCUCGCUCCGCCGCCCUCAUCAACCAGAAAUGUCAUGUGAAGAAGAAGGAUAUCCGAAAGUUUUUGGACGGUAUCUAUGUGAGCGACAAGGGCGUCAUCGAAGAGGAGCAGUGAGCGACAGAGUAGCCGAAAUGCCAGGAGAUGAAUAUGAAUGUCGUUUGAGUUGCAAUUUUGUGAGAUUGGAUGUGAACCUUUUUCUCAUUCCUUAAAUAGUUGACUGCCAGUGUUCGUGGUUUCAAACGAAAUUUAGUCUUAUUAACUGAAUUUGCGUAUUCAAAUGGAUUGCGUGGCUGCCUGGUUAUGUUUUGAA